AUGCCAAAUCUACCUGAUUUACCGGUGGAGAUCCAUGGAAUCAUCGCCAAAAACCUUAGCGACGAUGAUAUCUUGAGCAUCAAUCACACCAACAGCGAACUUCACACGAAGACCAGAUUCGAAUACGCCUCUCGCUUUCUUACCGACCUGGCCUUUCCACUCUCGAAAACCGGCGCAGAGGAUAUGCGCACGUCCAGUCUUGAUGAUAGACGCCGUUACGUCAAGACUAUUGUCAUUGUCCUGACUGUCGAAAAUCACCCGCGCGCUGUGGAGUAUCUGGAAGUCAUUAUCCUGAACCUGGAAGCAUUCUACAACCUAAACUCCAUCGGACUUCGUCGCGAAUUCGACGACAAGAUCAUCCCCAAGUACGAUAGCACAUACAAUGCUGUCUCGUCUCGCCUCAAGGAUGUGUUCCUUCAAGCCACUACCGACUCCCAUCUGCCUCUACGUAACAUGAUCUUCGAGGUCGUGGCACCAGAUCUUAUCAGACCAAUCAGACAGAAUUCAGACAAGGUCUACAUGUCCCAGCUAGAGAGAGAGUUGAGAUACACGUCCGGGUUGGUGUCGGCAAUCCACAAUCAGCAGGCAAACGAUAUCGAUCUUACCAUCAGGUUCGUCAAAGAGGGCACUGCCGGUACCCCCAAGUCACCCACCAUUACCCACAGCCGCCAGCGUUCCUCCAUGGCGGGCAACGGUCUCAGCUUGAACCAUAUACUUGGCAUGACACCCUGGAUGAAGACCAAGCUCGGUUUCAAGGAAGUGAUCCUACUGAACAGCGAGUUCGACUAUGCCGCUUUCCAAGAAGUGUUCAGUUUUACAUCUCUAGAGAAACUGACCCUGCGCAACGUCCGUCUGCUGGAUCGCCGCCUCCGCUUGGGCACACCUUGGGUGCACUUUCUAUCGAUUCUGCGCUUCUUUCCCGUCUUGGAGUACUGCCAGCUAGGUCAGCUCUGGCACAGAAACAAGGUCAGCUUCAGCGGAUCUACCUGGCUGACAACCAACCGCCCCGACACUCUGUCCUUGCUCCACGAUCUGGGCACAAAGAAGCGUUCCCGAUUCGCUUUCAAGCUCGAGACGGCUGCAUUGCACAAGAUCCCAAUCAAGAAGCAGAAGAAUAAGUCAAAGGCAAAGUCAAAGAGGUGGACAAAGGGCAAGGCCAAGAACUGA